CCAGCUAAAACCCGUUCUUAUAGGAGCCCAAAUUAAACACUACAAGAAUGGCUUAGGGUUUUGUUCACAUAUUUAACAGAUUCUCCUCUGCAAAAACUUCCGACUUCUUCAGCUGCGUAGCUUCUUACAAUGGUGCACGUUAGUUUCUACCGCAACUAUGGUAAGACAUUCAAGAAGCCUCGUCGGCCUUAUGAGAAGGAACGAUUGGAUGCAGAGCUGAAGCUUGUUGGAGAGUAUGGGCUCAGGUGCAAGAGGGAGCUGUGGAGGGUUCAAUACGCGUUGAGUCGCAUCCGUAACAAUGCUAGGAAUCUUCUCACCCUUGAUGAAAAGGAUCCCCGCCGAAUCUUUGAAGGUGAGGCCCUUCUUCGCAGGAUGAAUAGGUAUGGCCUUUUGGAUGAAAGCCAAAACAAGCUCGAUUACGUGCUGUCCCUCACUGUGGAGAACUUUCUUGAACGCCGCCUUCAGACCCUUGUGUUCAAGGCUGGAAUGGCCAAAUCCAUCCAUCACGCCCGUGUGCUCAUAAGGCAAAGGCAUAUUAGGGUGGGAAGACAGGUGGUUAACGUGCCAUCCUUCCUGGUGAGAGUCGAUUCACAGAAGCAUAUCGACUUCUCUCUUACUAGUCCCUUUGGUGGUGGCCGUGCUGGUAGAGUCAAACGAAAGAACCAGAAAGCUGCUGCAAAGAAGGCUGGUGGUGCUGAUGAAGAAGAGGAUGAAGAAUAAGCAUUUUUUUGUCACACCUUAGCUGUAACGGUUCAUUGCUCUUUCAAAAAUGAAUAUCUUUUGUUUUGCUUUUUGAGGCUCCAACUCGCUGUUUCUAUCACUUUUGUUUAGUAUGAGAUUAUAACCGACGAUUUUGUGGUUUAAGUUGCAAGAAUGAAUGAAUAGGAUGUUUCCAUUUGACGUUUUAA